ACCCAUAUGCUCAUGUCUCCUUCCUCCAUCGAAGUAAAACCACGGAGAUCAUCCACUCUACUCUGAAUCCCACAUGGGACCAAACCAUUAUAUUUGAUGAAAUUGAAAUCUAUGGGGAACCCCAAACAGUCCUACAGAACCCACCCAAAGUUGUCAUCGAACUUUUUGACAAUGAUCAAGUGGGCAAAGAUGAAUUUUUGGGACGAAGCAUGUGCUCUCCUCUGGUGAAACUAAGCUCAGAAAUGGACAUCAUGCCCAGACUUCUCUGGUACCCAGUAAAGAAUGGAGACAAGACUUGUGGGGACGUCCUUGUAACUGCAGAGCUGAUUCUGAGACACAGGGAUGGCUCCAACCUUCCCAUUCUUCCCUCACAAAGGGCACCAAAUCUAUACAUGGUCCCCCAGGGGAUCCGGCCUGUGGUUCAGCUCACUGCUAUUGAGGUAUACUGCUCUCUGUGAUUUGUGAUCAAAUCAAAUGGA